AUGAAUGCUGAUGAUUUUCUGAUGGAUUUUCUGUCGGAUCAAAUGGCAGCCUCUACCUUGAUGGAAGAUGCCACUCCGACAGCCUUGUAUGAAUUUAGUGAGAAUGAAUUUUCUGAUGAUGAUGAUCGUUGUGAGGAGGUUAAAACGAACGAAAAUGAAAGAAGGAAAAAAAAACACUCGGAGACUCUUCUUGAGAAGAUUCGAUCAAAACAAAAAGAAAGUCGUAAACCUAUUAUUGGAAAUACUUUUGAUGAAGAAGAAGAUGGAAUUACGCUCAUGAUGAUGACACAAAAAUCAUCCAAUUUUACUGACAGUUCUAUUGAGGGUGGGGUGGUGACUCCAAGAGCGAAUGACGAUAGUGGACUCUCAUCCCAACAACAUUUUCUUUCUAUGAAUAAUUGUGCUGCCAAUGUACAGAUUGCACUUUCUCAACCACCUUCCUCACAACCUUCGGCGGUGACAAUUGACAGUACUGUCACAAUCGAUGGAAAAUCUUCCCCUCCUUCCUCUUCAACAGUGUCACCAACCAUGUUAGAACAAUCCAUUCAAGAUGGAUUAAAAAGUGUAUAUAGAGGUUACAGAAAUGGUAUUGUGACAGGAGUUAGAAUAAGAGUUCCAUAUAUUUUACAAUCAUUAAUUUAUGCAAUAAUUUUCCAGACACCAACAGAAUUUAGAAAAGUGAGAUUUGUCAUCAAACAAAUGUUUCAUCAUGGAAAGAAUCUAGGCUCGUUUGUCGGAAUUUACAAAUUAAUUACAUAUAUUUGUAGAAAUCAUUUAAAUAUACGGAGUGGUAUCGACGCAUGGAUUGCUGGAUUUAUUGGAGGUUAUGUAGCGUUUGGUGAAAGUAAGGGAAUUUCUGGAGCUGUCAAUAACCAAAUCGUUCUUUAUUUAUUUGCAAGAGGUAUCGAUGGCGGGUUGCGAGCGCUUGCCACCAAUGGUUACAUUCCCGAAUGGAUGGAUAUUACAACUCCAGUGGGAUUUCGAUUAUUUGCUGGAUUUUCACUUGCUCUCAUUCUCUAUCUUACGGAUUAUCAAUCUUCUUCUCUGAGGUCAGGAUUUAUGUCCACCAUGGAACAUUUGUAUCAUGAAAGUAAUAAGGGAACACUUCGAACGGAGGUUAAUUUUGCACCUUUUGUGACUGUGGUGACGUUAUGUCUGUUGUUAGGAUAUUGGUUUCCUCAAUUGAGACUGGAAAAUGUGCUUCAAGUGACGGAUGAUUCAAUCACGUGGAAUAAUGUAAAGAAACUAUUUUCGUCGUUUAUUUCUCCCACUUCUACCAAGAAGUAG